AUGCCCGAGAGAAAUCCCGAGUCGUGGAACGCAAUGCUCACUGCGUAUUGCAAAGCUGGGAACUGGCAGGUCGCGAAGGAUGUCUUUGACCGAAUGCCGCGGUGGGAUCUUAUGGCACUAAACACUAUGCUUGCAGCGUUUGCCCAGAACGGGCAUUUGUAUGAUGCUCAACUUUUAUUUAUGGCCAUGGCCGAGAAAAAUCUGAUCACCUGGACGGUAGUGGUGGUCGGAUUUUCUCACAAGUGUAGUCUUGAGAAAGUAAGUGCGUUGUUUAAGUGCAUGCCUGAGCACGACGUUGCUUGCUUAAAUGCCAUGAUCACUGCAUAUGCCCAGAACGGGCAUUUGGAAAAGGCUGAACUCUUGUUCCACGGGAUGGCCGAGCGAGACGUGAUCUCAUGGACCGCGCUGCUUGCCGGGCUCUCGCAAAACGGCCUCUCUCGCAAGUCCGAGCUCGUCUUCGCGUCCAUGCCCGAGUGGGACACCGUUUCGUGGACUGCGAUGCUGGACGUGUACAUUCAAGCCGGGGAGCUCGACAACGCCAGGAAGAUCUUCCACGAGAUGAAGGAAAAAAACCAUUUUGCGUGGAACUCAAUGCUAGCCGGGUGUGCGCAGUAUGGAUCUCUAAAGGAGACGAGAGAACUCUACGAGAGAAUGCCGGAGCGAGACGUGAUCUCUUGGACCGCGAUGCUCACCGCGUAUGCCCGAGCGGGGAUGAUAGAGCAGUGUAAGCACUUGUUUGACACAAUGCCGUGCUGGAGCUUGGUUUCGUGGUCAGCCAUGCUCACUGCAUACGCGCAGCACGAUCUUGUGGACGAAGCUCGGGAUCUUCUUGCAAGAAUGCCGGAGCUCAGCGUCGUCCCGGUGUCCGCCAUGAUCUCGGCGUAUGCCCGGAGCGGCGAGCUCGGCGAGGCCUUGAGCCUGUUCUACGCGAUGCCACAGUGGGAUACCGCGGCGUGGAACACUCUCCUCUCGGCCUACGCUCACAAGGGCCUCCUCAAGCACGCGAAAGAAGUCUUUCACAGCAUCCCAGCCCGCGACUCCAUCUCGUGGAACGCGAUCAUCGCGGCGUGCUCGCAAAAGGGCGAGCCGCGCGAUGCGCUGGAGCUGUUCCACGAGAUGCAACGCGAGGGGCUCCAGCCGGACGAGGCCACCUUCGUGUGCGUCAUGGUGGGAUGCAGCUACGGCGGCGUGUUUGAUCGCGGGAAGAGAUGCUUUGUGUCCAUGGUGAUGGAUCACGGCGUGACGCCGACGAGGCAGAGCUACUCGUGCGUAGCGGACGUGCUGUGCCGCGCGGGACACCUGAGUGACGCGCGGGAUCUCGUCGCCAACAUGCCGUUCCUCCCGGAGCUCGUCGAGUGGAGGCGCUUGCUCGCGGCGGCGUGCUCGGCGUCGAGCCAUGGCUGCGAGAAGAGCAUGGUCGAGCUUGGAAGAAAUGCCGCUGACAAUGCCGUGAAGCUGGACGCGCGGCACGGUGCCGCCUAUGUUCUUCUCUCAAACAUCUACGAGAAGGCGGACCUCCACUCUUACAAACAGUGA